UCAAAACCAAAACAAAAUCAGUCGUAGUUCAGACCUGAGAGUUCAGACGUUCAGACGAUUUUUGGAUAUCUGAUCAAAGUUUUAAAAUAUUCAUCAAGAAAAGUGCUAAAUAUAUGUACUCUAAUAACUUUUCGAGUCCCGCCUCGAAAUGAGCUUUGAGGACAAAAAGAAAGCGCUGUUUGCCAGUUUGGAAAGUGCCGAGCGCAGCAUUCCAGUGGACUCCGUUUUGCACCAGGAUGAUAACGUAGAUUACGAUCAGCGGCGACGAACCGAUCGGGACAGCGGAAGCCGCAGGAAUCGAAGGUCGUCGUCCGAACGGGGCCCGAUCAGGAAAUUCCGCGGCAAAGAAAGCAUCUUCAAAAGGCCAGCGGCGCCGAUAUCGAAAUGUUUACCCAUGUCCCGGGUUCCGGAUUUCAAAAAAAAUCCCCAAAAAUGGACCAAAUACUCUCUGGAAGAUGUGGACAUUAGUGACCGGAGCAACACUGCUGCCGCGUUCAGCUUUCUGCGAGAAAUGGAGAAUAAGAAACAAGAUCAACCCUCCCUGGAGGCGACCGGUAGCGAAUCCGCCACCCAUGGAUUCCGAGGCAAAGUUAAAUUUAACCGGUCGAUCAAAUUGAAGUCCCAGCUGGAAGAGGAGCAGGAAACGCCGCCCACGGAGGAAGAAAAACCGAAGGUUAAAAGUACGAAGGUCGUUAUGCCGGAGUAUGUAAUUGGGCAGAAAGUGAAGAAGCCCAAACCGGUCAAGUUGGGUAUGGCGUCCAGCAAGCGAGAUCGUUCGAAGGAACUUAAGCUGGAUCAUCUCAUGGAUGAAGAGGAAGAUCCAGACGGAGAGGAUGACGAUGAUGAAAUGAAUUGAAAAUAAUGAAAUUAAUUAGAUGGUAAGCUUUAAAUAAGUGGUUCUACAUUAAAUGUAAUGUAAAUAAUUUA